AUGCACGAACCAAAAGAAUCACAUGGAGCAGCGUUAAAACAGAUAUUAAGAUACCUACAAGGAACUCUAGGGCUUGGUCUUAUAUUUCAUCGAGCAAGCAAGGCAGAGCUGGUCGGAUACAGCGACAGCAGCCAUAACGUUGAUGCAGAUGAUGGAAGAAGUACUACUGGUCAUGUCUUUUACCUUAACGAUUGCCCGAUUACCUGGGGCUCUCAAAAGCAAGAAACCGUAGCAUUAUCCUCUUGUGAAGCUGAAUUCAUGGCCGCUACAGAAGCAGCUAAGCAGGCGAUUUGGCUUCAAGAACUUCUUGGAGAAGUCAUUGGAAAGCCAUGUAAGAAAGUUACUAUUCGGAUUGAUAAUAAGUCCGCAAUAGCUCUUACAAAGAAUCCCGUGUUUCAUGGACGAAGCAAACAUAUUCACCGAAGGUAUCACUUUAUAAGAGAAUGUGUUGAGAACGAAAAGGUGGAGGUCGAGCAUGUUGCUGGAAGUGUUCAAAGGGCUGACAUUUUAACCAAAGUCUUGGGAAGGAUCAAGUUCAAAGAGAUGAGGGAUCUUAUUGGAGUUAAAAAUGUUUCAACAAAAGAUUUCAAGCUUAAAGGGGAGAAUGUUGACUUAAGCUUGAGUCAUAAGACUGUUCAAAGCCAGACUUCAUCGCCGCAGACAACUUACCGAAGCCAUCUUCAAACAGAACCUUCAUCUUCUCCUCAAAGCGACUGA